AUGGCGUUUCUGAAGAGGGUGAGGGAUUACGCCGCCAUGGAUCAUAUCUUGAUGCCUCCCUUUGGUAUGGCUAGGCCGGCACCGGUGGUGAAGAAGAAGAAGGAGACGGUUGUGGUCCCCAUAGCUCAGCAGCCUGCUGCGGCCACACCACCCCCGACACAGAAGGACGGUGAUGACCCUCGCGCUUCUGUGCCAGGGUUAUCUUCACGAGACUCGGAGGCCCAGCCUCAGGAGAAAGUGGUCUCUAUAAUCAAGCUGACUCCGGAGGCGCCCGCCCUCAGCUCGCCUGCUGAGGAGCGUUGCCGGGUGGCAGAGGCCGAGCUGGAGACCCUGCCCAACGAGCGUGCCGUCAAGGCCCGUCAGCACGAGGCGCGUGAGGAGAAGCUGAAGGCUCGGGAAGACGCGGUCGCCGGUCGUGACACCGAGCUGAAGCAAUCGGCGCGAGAGCAGGCCAUAGAGCGCGGCCGCAUGGAGAAGCUGAAGGAGGAGCUGGAGGCGGAGAAGGCCCGGCUAGAGGCCAAGGCGGAGGUUCUUGCCAAAGAUCGUGCCACCUUCGAUUCUCUUGAGGACAGGUCCCGCAAGGCGCUAGAGGAACUCUACGGGAGGGGGUUGAAGGAGCCGUUGGUGACUGCUACCUCUUGA